GAGUCUGGCGGGGCUGGGAGCAGCUUCCGGUUCAGGAAAAGUCGCCCUUGGCACGUGUUACUUUCGGGGCUCCUAGAGUCUUCCUUUCCCUGGCGAACUUGUCUGAAGAAGUCCUCACAGCCCAAGGAUGAAGGCGAGAAGAAAUAAAAAGCAGGUCCCAAGCUUUCGCAAGUUGAUAAAAACUAGUAAAGUCAAACUUGAAAACAAACUAAAAAAUAAGCAAUUUAAACAACAAAGCACUAUCAAGAAAUACCGAAAAGAACAGAGGAAACUAAGGCAAGCUGUAAAAGAUGCUGUGUCUAAGAAACCCAUUCCAUUGGAGGACCCAAAGCACAAACGAUCAGUUAAAAGGAUCGAGAGGGAAGAAGAGGAGGAAGAAGAAGCCCUUCCUUUAGAUAUGAUGGAUGAGGAUGACUUACAGUUAAUGAAAGAUUUAGGACAAAGAGCAUCUUUUCUCACAAGAGAUCUUUCUUCUAGUGAGCCAGUUCAUGCCAAGAAACGAAAGCACAAGAGUGUGAUAGAUAAAUACGAAAAAAUACCAAGGACUCUGCAAACUGCACCUGAGAAGGAGCUGAUUCAUUUGCUUCCUAUCAAGGAUAAAAGUGGUAUAAUCCCACAGACUAGGGAGAAGCCAGUUACUGACAUUAAACAAGAUGAAGAGGAUCAAGAAGAAGAGAUGGAACUUGAAGAAGAUAUCACUGAAACUCCCAUCCAGGAGCUCACCAUGGAGGAACAUUUGAUUGAAAGAAGGAAGAAACUACAGGAAAAGAAAAUUCAAAUUGCAGCCUUGGCAUCUGCCAUAUUAUCAGAUCCAGAAAGUAAUAUCAAAAAACUGAAAGAAUUGCGUUCUAUGCUGAUGGAACAGGAUCCUGAUGUGGCCGUUACUGUUCGGAAGUUGGUGGUAGUUUCCCUGAUGGAACUAUUUAAGGACAUCACACCUUCUUACAAAAUCCGGCCCUUAACUGAAGCAGAAAAAUCUACCAAGAUUCGCAAAGAAACCCAGAAGUUAAGAGAAUUUGAAGAAGGCCUGGUUAGCCAAUACAAAUUUUACUUGGAAAAUCUGGAGCAAAUAGUUAAAGACUGGAAGCAAAGAAAGCUGAAGAGAAGUAAUGUAGUAUCCUUAAAGGCAUACAAAGGCCUGGCUGAAGUGGCUGUGAAGAGCCUGUGUGAGCUGUUGGUGGCCCUCCCUCAUUUUAACUUUCACAACAACAUCAUUGUAUUGAUUGUCCCUCUAAUGAAUGACAUGUCAAAGUCGAUAUCAGAAAUGUGUUGUGAAGCAGUAAAGAAACUAUUUAAACAAGAUAAAUUAGGCCAAGCUUCUCUUGGUGUAAUAAAAGUGAUUUCUGGCUUUGUGAAGGGCAGAAAUUAUGAAGUUAGGCCAGAGUGGAAGAAAGCAGAAGAGAAACUAGAGCGAGAACUCCGGGAGGCAGAGGCCUCCGAGAGUACCGAGAAGAAACUUAAACUGCACACAGAGACUCUGAAUAUUGUGUUUGUAACCUACUUCAGAAUAUUGAAGAAGGCCCAGAGGUCACCUCUUCUGCCAGCGGUUCUAGAAGGUCUUGCCAAAUUUGCUCAUCUUAUAAAUGUGGAGUUUUUUGAUGACUUAUUAGUAGUUCUUCAUACCCUCAUUGAGUCUGGUGACUUAAGCUAUCAAGAAAAUCUUCACUGUGUUCAGACUGCUUUUCAUAUUCUUUCUGGACAAGGUGAUGUUCUAAAUAUCGAUCCAAUGAAAUUCUAUACACAUCUCUACAAAACACUAUUCAAAUUACAUGCAGGUGCCACCAAUGAGGGUGUUGAGAUCGUGCUCCAGUGCCUUGAUGUCAUGCUAACCAAGCGCAGAAAGCAGGUUUCUCAUCAGCGAGCCCUGGCCUUCAUCAAGCGCCUUUGUACACUUGCCCUGCAGGUUCUUCCAAAUUCAAGCAUUGGCAUUUUAGCAACCACCAGGGUAUUAAUGCAUACUUUUCCAAAAACAGAUCUGUUGCUUGAUAAUGAGUCUCAGGGAAGUGGAGUUUUUCUCCCUGAACUCGACGAACCUGAGUACUGCAACGCACAGAACACUGCUCUCUGGGAGUUGCAUGCACUACGGAGACAUUACCACCCCACAGUGCAGAGAUUUGCAACUCACCUGAUUGCUGGAGCACCUUCUGAAGGCUCUGAAGCUCUCAAACCUGAGUUGAGCCGUAGGUCUGCAGUGGAACUUUUUGAGAACUACAGCAUGGCAACAAUGACAUUCAAUCCUCCUGUUGAGCCUUCAAACUCCAAAAAGAAGGAUAAAGUUUUACAAGGGGACUCAUUUUUGAAUGAAGAUUUAAAUCAACUAAUCAAAAAAUACUGCAGUGAGGUUGCUACUGAGACAUCCCUAGAUUUUACUCAAUAUUUGAAAACAUCUCUACAGUAGUGUAAAGAUGAAGAGUAAAUGGACCGUCUUACGUGUGUGUGCAUGUGUGCACAGAUACAUAUACAGAUAUGUUAACUUGGACCUUUUUCUUUUUGUGGUCCAGGCUGGCCUGGAACUCACUAUGUAGCCCCAAGUGCCCUCAAACUCACGAUCCUCCUGCUUUUCAAGUGCUGGGAUUACAGGUGUGUGUCCCCAUGCCCAACCUCACCAGAGAUUAUUUGUUAAAUUAUAACAAUAUAGACAUUAAAAAAAUCAGCAGCAUCCAUACAAAGGGUAAAUUCUUCCUCUAUAAUUAAGUAAAUAUUGUUAUUGCAACACCAUAGAUGUAAAUGAAUAAUAGGGUUUUUGAAAAAAAAAAAAAAACUAGCUUGAAAUUAGUCUCAUGAGCAUGGGCUCC